CGAGUCUCCGCACACCGUGUCAUCCAGGACCUCCACGUAGCACACCAUGAGACCUAUAUUACUGCAAGGGCACGAACGGUCGCUGACCCAGAUCAAGUUCAACGCAGAAGGCGACCUUCUUUUCUCCUGCUCAAAAGACCAUGUUAUCAACGUCUGGUUUACGCACAACGGCGAGCGGUUAGGGACGUACGAUGGGCAUAACGGCACAGUAUGGACUGUGGAUGUCGAUUCUUCCUCAAGAUUCUUGGUAUCAGGCUCUGCCGACAACGAGAUGCGACUGUGGGAGGUCUCGACGGGCAAGUGUCUCUACAAGUGGGAGUUCCCGACUGCGGUGAAGAGGGUGGCGUUCAACGAGGAUGACGAUCAGGUCGUCUGCAUCACGGAACAACGGAUGGGCUACCAGGGUGCCAUCCGUGUGUUCAACAUUAACAGGACCGGGGACGGGACAAAACAGAGCAAAGAGCCCGUACACAUGUUCAACCCCAUCGGCUCGAAGGCGACUGUUUGCGCCUUCAGUUACGUUCCAGGAAUCAUCGUUACUGGGCAUGAGUCAGGAAAAGUCGCGUUGUUCGACAUGAAGACUGGCGAUGAGAUCAACAGCAACGAGCGUGCGCACGGAGAUGUCGUGACGGACUUGCAGAUGAGCCCCGAUCGGACGUAUUUCAUUACCAGCAGCAAGGACAAGUCAGCGAGGAUACACGAGACAAAGUCCUUGACAGUGUUGAAGACAUACACCACAGAGACCCCGCUGAACAGUGCUUCCAUCACGCCAAAAAAGCCCUAUGUCAUCCUUGGUGGUGGUCAGGAGGCGAUGAACGUCACGACCACCUCCGCGCGCCAGGGUAAGUUUGAGGCCCGGUUUUGGCAUAAGGUAUUCGAGGAAGAGGUUGGCCGAGUGAAGGGCCACUUCGGACCGCUGAACACUAUCGCCGUACACCCUCGUGGCGAGAUGUUCGCGUCUGGUGGGGAAGACGGCUUCGUUCGCGUCCACCACUUCGACGAGAGCUACUUCAGGGCAAAGCCGUACGGAGACAUUGAGAUCUCAGAGUAGGCGUGGAAGAGGUUGCCUGUUGCUAUCCUCGAGACAGGAUGGAAAUUUCCAUACUUCGAUGUCCGCAUUCUUUGGGAGGCGCCCCUCACAUUGUAUUUCUGUGUGAUGUAUGUGUGAGAGUAGUUGCUCGGUAUUGUUCACAGUCGUACUACCAUACACACAUCCCGUAUCCCGAGUGCUUGACUGCAAAAGCUGUUCAACUGUACAUCC